UGAUUUAGGUUUAAUGUUUGUGUUCUAAGAUGUUGUGUAUUCUAUUUUUACUCUAAGAAAGUGACUGUAAGAAUGUCGUAAAAAAACAAAACAAAACAAAACUUGUACUGCCAAAGUUUAUUGUUUCAAUGUUUGUUGCUUUGAUGGAGUGAUUAUAACCAUGACUUCAAACGAGGAAGUUUUACCGGAAGAAGUAACGAAGCAGGCUUUCCGUGAAAAAGUUUGGAAUUAUUUAGAGAAGAAUGAUUUAGCAGCAUUUCCAAGACCAGUACACAACCGCAUACCCAACUUCAAGGGCUCGGGAGAGGCUGCUCAUAAACUAAAAGAAAUUGAUACCUUUUUAGCGUCGCAUGUUGUUAAAGUGAAUCCGGACAAGCCCCAGGAAACUGCUCGCUUACUGGCUUUGGAAGCAGGAAAAACUGUGUUAGUGCCAAUACCACGUUUACGUAAUGGAUUAUUAAAACAAAUACAGUUGCCAGUGGGUGCAUCAAAUAAAGAUUGUAGAGUUGGAGCAUCUCGAAAAGGACUUGAGCUUUAUGGAAAACCCAUUGGAUUGGAUGCCAAGAUCAAAGUUGAUUUAGUUAUUAUUGGCUCUGUUGCAGUUUCGAAAGAAGGACACAGAAUAGGGAAAGGUGAAGGAUAUGCAGACCUUGAAUUUGCCAUGAUGGUUGGAAUGCACGCUGUGGACGAUAACACUGUAAUAAUAACAACUGUUCAUGACUGCCAGGUAUUUGAUUCUCUCCCUCAUCAGUUGUUUAAGAGUCAUGAUGUUCCUGUUGACAUCAUCAUAACACCAACACAGAUAAUAAAUGUCACACCUCGACUUCCAAGGCCUCCUGGAAUAAUAUGGAGUUUAUUAACAGAACAGAGGCUCAGAGAGAUACCUAUAUUGCAGGUCCUACGUGAACAACUAAUGAACGAAGGUAAAGACUGUUCCCUGAAGGAAGUUGGCCCUGAUGAUGAUGAACAUCUUUCUCAAAGACCACCAGUGAGGCCAAACAGAAAUAGAGAACGCAGGAACAGGAACAAGCAACGGAGUCGUGGAGAUAGCGACUCUCAGGCUCCAGUUGAAGAAUCAGCUGCUGAUGGCAGUGAUAACAUUAAAGUCAAUGGAGAGCAUACGAGUAAAAGUGUUCCUGGUGAUGUUGCAGCUGGACAGCGUUCGCGGAUGUUUCAUCGGCGGAGGCGUCGUAACUCCAGACGGGAUUCUGCUAAUGGUCCUGUUGGCCCCAGUCCUGAGCCAGGAGUGGAAACUAACAAUGCAGCCACACUCGAUUGUACAAAAGUUGAAGCAGAAAAUCAUAUAAAAGAGCGAUCAAGACGCAGACGUACUCGCAAACGACCAGUUGAGAUACCAGCAAGCCAGAGUCCUGAAAAUGUUGAUGAAAGGGAAGUACAGGAUACAGAAAGAAGCAAAGACCAAUACAGAAUACGUAGAGCACAUAGAAGAAAUGCAUUUAACUUCAGUCUACGUGUGGAUAAUAUUGGAACAGAUGUACGAGUCCGAGAAUUAAAAGCAGCACUUGCUGAAAGGGGUGUUCGGCCCAAAGACAUCACAUGGAAAGGGUCAAAAGGGUUCGCUAUGUUGCAUUUUCGUAAUCCUGAUGAACAUGAAAAUAUUAUUGCAUCUCUGCAAGACAUAAAACUGAGAGAGGAAGGUGAAACAUUGUUGGUGCAGUUGGCACAGCCAACACGAAUAGAGGUGACUGAUAUUUCUUCUUUGUAACAAAUACAAAUGAUAGAGCAGCUUUCUCUGUGAUCUUUCUGUGCUGUUGAGGGGGUGAAACUGAUGAUUAUUCUAAAGAAAGUGAAGUAUUUUUGAUGUGAUAAAAGAGUGAGAAAUAUUAUAUUUGUAUAUUUUUGACAAUAAUUUAAUAGUUUAACAUGAGUGUUUGAGAAAGUGAUUGUUCUAAUGUAAUCAACAUAUGCAUUGUAAUUUUCAUUUUGUAACAUUGAAAUAUCUAAUAGCAGCUCUAUUUUUAUUUUUAUUGUUAUUGUAAGUGUGUGUUGUAUUUAAUUUAUCUUGAAACUUACUG